CGGUGAGACGGAUGGCAUCCGGCGAGGCUGGCUCCGGAGAAGAAAAUUCAGGUUAAACAGUAGUGGGUCAUUCGAGGAACAGGCGGCUACUACGCGGACUCAGGGGGACGUGUCACAAUAUAACUCGUACAGAACUAAAAGAAAAUGCUGCUUCGCAAAGUGAGCCAGUCGUCCGCACUGUGCGGCACCAUCCUCAGGGUCCCUCCCGUUCUGUCUGGAGGUCAGCGUCAUGCCGGGGCUGUGGUCGCCGUGCAGAACGCCCGUCUGUACGCAAGCCAAGCUGCACAGGCAGUGUUGGACAAGCCAGCAGCAAUCGGCAGUGACGCUGCCACCAAAGUGGAAAAGAAGACAGUUAAUGUUGAGUCCAAAUCAUUUGCCGCCAACAUCUUCAAGGGCCAGAUCCAGACUGCCCAGGUGUUCCCUUACCCCUCAGCCAUGAAUGAGGAGCAGGAGCAGUUUCUCCGAGAGCUCGUGCCGCCUGUCUGCAAAUUCUUCGAGGAUGUGAAUGAUCCCGCCAAGAACGAUGCUUUGGAGAAGGUGGAAGAUCAGACCAUGGAGGGCCUGAAGGAGAUGGGUGCCUUUGGCCUGCAGGUGCCAGCUGACCUGGGUGGCCUCGGCCUCUCAAACACACAGUACGCCAGGUUGGUUGAGAUCGUUGGCAGUCAUGACCUGGGCGUUGGCAUCACAUUGGGUGCCCACCAGUCCAUCGGCUUCAAGGGUAUUCUGCUCUUUGGGAAUCCAGCCCAGAAGGAGAAGUACCUGCCUAAACUUGCCUCAGGUGAGACGAUUGCCGCCUUCUGUCUAACUGAACCGGCCAGCGGCUCUGACGCCGCCUCCAUCAAGACCACAGCUGUCCUGUCGCCUUGUGGAACGUACUACACUCUGAACGGAAGCAAGAUCUGGAUCAGCAAUGGAGGCCUUUCUGAGAUCUUUACAGUGUUCGCCAAGACACCCAUGAAAGAUCCAAAGACCGGAGAGAUGAAGGACAAGAUCUCUGCCUUCAUCGUGGAGAGGAGCUUUGGAGGAGUGACACACGGCCCUCCGGAGAAGAAAAUGGGCAUCAAGGCGUCCAACACAGCCGAGGUGUAUUUCGACAAUGUCCGCGUGCCGGCCGAAUGCCUGCUGGGAGAGAUGGGCGGAGGUUUCAAGGUGGCCAUGAACAUCUUGAACAACGGGCGCUUUGGCAUGGCAGCUGCCCUGUCAGGCACCAUGAAGGGAGUCAUCACCAAAGCUGUGGAUCAUGCAGCCAACAGAACCCAGUUUGGCAGCAAGAUCCACACCUACGGAGCCAUCCAGGAGAAGAUGGCUCGCAUGGCUAUGCUCCAUUAUGUCACUGAGUCAAUGGCCUACAUGAUCAGCGGCAACAUGGAUAGUGGAGCGACUGAAUUCCAGAUUGAAGCUGCCAUCAGCAAGAUCUUUGCCUCUGAGGCAGCAUGGACGGUGACUGACGAGUGUAUUCAAGUUAUGGGCGGCAUGGGUUUCAUGAAGGACGCUGGCGUGGAGAGAGUGAUGAGGGAUCUGAGAAUCUUCCGUAUCUUUGAAGGCACCAACGACAUCCUGCGGCUCUUUGUUGCCCUCAACGGCUUCCAGAGUGCUGGUAACCAGUUGAAGGGCCUGCAGAAGGCGCUGAAGAACCCCAUCGGCAACGCUGGGCUGCUCGCAGGAGAGAUCACCAAGAGAGCCAAAAGGAAGGCAGGUUUGAGCACGGGCCUGACGCUGCAGGGAACUGUGCACCCUGAGCUGGCACACAGUGGUGAACUGACCGUUAAAGCCAUCGAACAGUUCGGAGCGGUCGUUGAGGACCUGCUGAUGAAACACGGCAAGAAAAUCAUUGAUGAACAGUUUAUCCUGAAGAGAGUCGCAGACGGUGCGAUUGACCUCUACGCCAUGGUGGUUGUCCUGUCCAGGGCUUCGCGCUCUUUGAGUCAGGGCGCUCCCUCAGCUCAGCAUGAGAAGAUGCUGUGUGAGACCUGGUGUGUGGAGGCCCACGACAGGGUCAUGCGCGACAUCAAGGCCCUGCGCUCCAGCGAGUCCCGGCAGGUCUUCAAGAACCUGCGGGCCAUCUCUACAGCCGUGGUGGAGAACGGAGGCGUGGUGUCUACUCACCCACUGGGUUUCUAAACGCAGGCACAUCCCCACAUCUUCACAUCCAUUUAUGAUUGUUCUCACACUUCCUCUCCUCUAACCGGGUUCUCGGUCAUGUGUGCCAGUUUCCUCGCAACUUAAUCGCCAUCAACGCUCCAUCACAUAUUCUGUUGGUUUGGUUCUGUGUAAUCGAGCUUUGUGGACGAUCGGGGCUGGAUGAUUUGUCCUUUUUUUGUUUGUUUGUGUUUUUUUUGCACAGACGUCACAACUUGAAGCUUCUUGUUCCGUCACACAGACUGUAAUCAUAUUAACCUGUUUUUCACAGAUAUUUAUUUGAUUCUCGCUUCACUACAUCCAGAGUUUGAGCUGGAGGAGUUUUAAUCCAUAUGACAUAAAAUGAUAAAAAAAUAUAGUCAGUCAUAUCACUAUUUCGACAAAUCAUUCAGCCCUGUCGCCUACAUCCAAACAGCUGAUGACUGAACGUGUGCUCGGAGCUUUUUAUUUUUACUUUAUCUCAGCCUUCAUGACCGUAGCGGAUUGAAUGACGUCAUCGUUGAGUCGUUUGGAACAUUAAGUUAUAGUGUUGUGUUGUUUGUUUUUGUUUUUUUUUUCCUUUUGAAAAACAAAUAAUGCAACUUUGAGAUAGUAGGGCCAGUAAACAGCGGAAGCUUUGAACUGAUCCGUUAAGAAAGCGAUCUACACAUAAAUGAACUUUAAAUGGCACUCUAGUUUGUCCGUGUAUCUACAUUGUGAUCAAAUGUAUAUAACGGUGUGGUGUUGAUGUACUUUGACGCCUUUCUGCAUGUGUAUUAAGCUCAAUCGGUGCUUUUCACAAAAAAAAUAUUAACUUCAGGAGCAAAAAAGCCGUUGCCUUAGAAACCGGUCCAUGGAUGCUGUUCGAAGCUCCUGUUGAGACUUGAGUCAAACAGAGAGCUUUAACAUGUUUUUUUUUGUUUUUUAAACGUGCCGUCACAUUAACUUCCAAAGUGCAACUGUGUAUUUUCUCUGCUGAGGGUUGCAGGCACCAUUAACUGUAAUUGUAGAAAGUUAACCAUCCGUCUGCAUACCUGAUUUUUGAGUAACUUUUCUUGAUGUGCUGUUAAAUAAAACUUGAAUUAGAUCUGCA